UGAUGUUUUUGGGGAGCGUGACAGUACCAGUUCAUAGGUGAUGACUUAUAUCUAAGUGCUCCUGCCGCCGUCUGACUUAUGUGGUUCCGGAAAAAGCUUGUUUCCUGACCUACAUUGUAUUGUAACUUCCUGAAAAGGGUUGGGGCUGUCUAUACCGCAAUGUUAUGACACUCUACAAAAAAUGGAAAUGUUCCGUUCUUAACUUUUGGAACUUUCUUGGAAUCUUAAUGAUUCCUUUAAUGAGUCCUCUCCCUCAAGAUAAAGAGCAUGAAGAUUGUGCACAGCUGUAUUACUUUGGAUCUGUUUUGGCUAAGCACAAUGAGACUGACCUUAAUGACACUGUGCUUCUUUAAGAGGAAGUCUGGCAUGACUGGGGCGCAUUAGGUAACUACUGAUGGCAAUCCACUGAUCAGCAUGGCUGCCUGGCAGAGACUGAGAAGUAUUACAUAACCUGGAAUGAGUCUAAAUUGGAAGCCCAUUUCUAUUAGAGUUUUGAGACGAACCCAAAAUUUGCAUGUGAGAAUGAGACCAGGAGACCUUGACACCACAGAGUUCCUAUCAGAAACAUAUAUGAAGGGCUGAAAACAUUACUGGGAGAUGAUUUUUUAGGUGAAAAUGAAAUAUAUAAGUGAACCGACCAUGUUUUUUAAUUAAAAGCUGAGAAAAUGCGCUUCCCCUUGAGACGUUGGUCAUUUAAAAGUCAAUGUCUGGCCAGCACAGAGAGCUUUUGUGUUCUCCUUCACAAUGCUAUCACCAAAAGGCCUCACCAGACUGGCUGACCAAAGAAGCAAGGGGGGUUACUGCCUACCUGUGGACUUAUAAAGCAGCUCUUGUGCUGUCUUCAAUGAACUGCUUUUAGGAUUUAUCAUCAUUUACCUGCAAAAGAACCACCCAGGAACCAUGCAGACCUUCUACUAGAGACCUGAGCCAACACUUCUUCUGGAUUCCUCAUUGCAUUAGGAAAUGGCAGCUGUUGGUGUUCUCUUGAUUCUCCUCCCCAUGACGUGGGCCUGUGCACCUCAGAAAGCUGAUUACGUGAUGGUGUCAUGUUUUCCUAAUGCCAUCAUUGCGAAUGUGCCAGAAUGUCCAUAUGGAUGGGAGAUUGGCCAGCUGUCCUUGGGCGGCGUGUGCUACACUGGAAUUAACACUCCAGGCUUCUAUCGUUUUACCAUCCCAGAUCUCACUCCUAAGAAUCAUUCAUACUGCGGCACCCUGUCUGAGUAUGUUGGAGGCAAAGACCCACGGUACAUAUUCUACAACUCAAUUGUAUCCAACGACUCCUCUCUCACUGUCCGGAACCAGCCUGUCAACUACACGUUCAGCUGCACUUAUAAAGCGGCUUAUCUGGUCAACAACGCCGUGUUUAGCCAAAGAGUGGCAACAGUUUAUGUCAACAACGGGAGUUUAGGUUCUUUUAAGUCUCAGUUGUCUAUGAACGUCUUCACAAACUCAAAGUUCCUGUACGCAAAAGAUGCACCGUAUGUGAUUGACACAUCCGAGAUUGGAUCGGAGGUGUUCAUUGGCAUUGAAGCAAAAGGAUUGAGUAACAGAUUUAAAGUAGUAAUAACAAAUUGCUGGGCAACACCUACUCCAUAUUCAACAGACAGGAAAAGGUGGACUUUAAUUCAGAACAGUUGCUCCUUAGACAACACAGUCACCAUAUUUGAAAAUGCCAAAGACAGUCGGUCCAUGUUCAAGUUCAAUUCGUUCCGCUUUCAGCGGUUAGAGAAAGUGUCCACUGUGUGGCUCCACUGUGAGGUCCAAGUAUGCGACGGGGAGAAGUUGUUCUGUCAGCCGACUCCAUGUACAUCAAGAAGCACUGAAUUUGAACCUGAUCCAAAUGGAGGCAUACUGACCAUGGAGUUUCAAGUCAGAGCACAACACUCCUCCAGUUAUGUCCAUCUUGCAGGCCCAUUUCUGUCUCUGCUGUCCAUAUUUCUACUGAAUGAAUUUUUAGGAUACUUCAGUUUGUAAUGAGGCCAAAUAUGGGUUACUCAAAUGCAAUGAAACAUGCCUUUGCACUUAUACAAUUACAUAUAAAUACUUAAAUAUAGACACGCAUGCAUGCAUACACCCACACACCAUACGUGUCUCAGGGAGUGUAGUGUAUCGACACAUUCCUUUAAAUCUUCAAUUGCAUUUUUUUUUUUUUUACUUGUUUUUUCCUUACAUGAAUAUUGGUAGAAAGGAAAACAGUAUCUGAAAGAGGUAAUCUUUAGUGUAACAGAUGUUGAAACAUUCUUGUUUUUAUCUUGCAUUAUAUGUGAAAAAAUAUUUUGAAACAUUUUUAGUAAUUAAAUUCUUUUAAAAGAUGUUGUCAUGACAUUUUUAUCAUUGAUAACUUUUUUU